GGAAAGAACCAGACCAUAAUUUCCGGCGCUCGUACGACAACGCAAGGACUCUAUACUCCUCGAUGGCCAGAUUUUCUUGCCUAGCGUUCUAGCGGUUGCGCCUUUUACAAACGUUAGGACCAUGGCGCUCCGCAACGCCGCGACGUUCUUGGGACAGCGCCUGGCUGGGGCUGCUGAGUUGGGGAUCAGCGCUGCCAAGUCCGCUGGCGGAGAGGCCUUGACCAACGCCUUCGUCACGGAGGGUGUGCGCCAUGCCUCCAAUCAGGCCGUCAAGCAGCGCAUUAGGGCCAUUAAGAACAUCGGGAAGAUCACGAAGGCCAUGAAGAUGGUUGCCGCCUCGAAGAUGAAGAACGCUCAGGUGGCGGUGGAGCAGUCCCGUGGCAUUGUCAACCCGUUUGUCCGGCUAUUCGGUGACCACCCUGGUGUGGAGGGCAAGGUCGGUGUCACCGUCGCCGUGACCUCCGAUAGGGGUCUGUGCGGUGGCCUGAACUCCAACAUCACCAAGUACACGAAGACGCUCCUGAAGUUGGGCUCUGCGUCAGCAGAGGACGUGGAGACCAAGCUGGUGUCCAUCGGUGAUAAGGGUCGCUCGCAGCUUAUGCGCGCUGAGCCCCGCAUGUUCUCCCACACCUUCGCUGAGACCUACAAGAUUCGCGUGACGUUCGCUCAGGCGUCGAUCAUUGCGGAGGAGCUGCUGAAGAGCAACCCGGAGGUGGUGAAGGUUCUCUUCAACAAGUUCCGGUCCGCUAUCUCGUUCAAGCCGACCCUCGCUACCGUGCUCACGCCCGAGGCGCUGGAGAAGCAGCUGACGGAGCCCACUGGUAACCGCCUGGACGCCUAUGAGAUUGAGGCGACCCACGAGCGCUCGGACGUCCUGCGUGACCUGGCGGAGUUCCAGCUGGCGGCGACCCUGUACAACGCCAUGCUGGAGAACAACUGCAGCGAGCACGCCUCCCGCAUGUCCGCCAUGGAGAACUCCACCAAGUCCGCCGGCGAGAUGCUCGGCAAGCUCACUCUGGAGUACAACCGGAAGCGCCAGGCCACCAUUACCACCGAGCUUAUCGAGAUUAUUGCCGGUGCCAGCGCGCUCAUGGACGCGUAAACAGCGGCGAAGCGGCCGCGGGCAUAGCAACCUGGAAAAGCGGGGCUUUGGUGAGGAGCAGCAGCCGUCAGCUGUGGCAGUACGGACAGCCAUGGUUUGGACGUUUCUGGGUCUGCGCUCAGUUACUGAAGGGGUCGUGGAUGGAGAAGUGACACAAAGGGCGGUCACAAGCGUGGGGCUCUCUGUGCCCUGGAACAUGGUACAUGAGCUGUCACGUCGUGCGCGGGUGCUUUGAGGAAGCGAGGGCCUGCAUGUUUACUUUUCGAACAUCUCGGAUUUGUGUCACUGGGUGCGACAUACAGAUGGGUCUGUAGUCCCACCUGGAGGCCCUUAGCGACCAGAGGCAUCCAGUUGAGGUUACAUACGUUGUAACAUUAAUCAGUCCAAGCCGAUACCAUGGGGAGUGGCCAUAGCCUUGUCCUGAGGCAACCUAACCUAUGAAAGAUGAGCGAAUAAUGCUGUGCGAUAUGCCCAUUAACAGACGACAGCCACAAAUAUGCUAGUAGAGAGGGCUGACAGUUAGAAUGCGAAAGUUACAAGGGGG